CUCACGGCGAGCUAGCAUUUUGUUCUAACGUGAGUGACGAAGCGCCGCGCAUCGAAUUCUGCAGUUUGCCAAAGAAAAACGUGCUUAAUGCUUCAGCUGCUACAUGCAACGGCUACUGCAAUUGACCAACUCGUCUGGCCGCGUUUAUGCUGAACCUUUGCUGCUGAAGUGCGUUCAUCAACACAUCGAUCGGUUGUCCAGUGCCCCGCAACGUUGAACGCCACAUGCGCCCUAGAAAAGAGCCCACUCGUUUUGCAAAUGUUGAUUUGAUAUCACUAAGAGGAGGCAGAGCCUUUUUCUAAUACUUCCUUUAAAAGCGCGGAGCCAACGACUUUUAAAUUUGAUUAAGAAUUACCCGUAUGUUUGCUUGCGGGUGUUGAGGAAGUGUUGGUGAGCGCCGGCGAAAACGUCAAUUAAUGUGUGCAGCAACAACUGCAGGGCGUAAAUAACGUGGGGCCAAAAGGUGCGAAUGAAGCGCAAGAAAAAGAAAAAUCAAUAGGGAAAAGCAAUGUUCUGGUGACCAUGUAUCGAUAUAGUCAUCAAGCCCAGAUCCAAAGCAAAAUACCCGCAAGCAGCAGCCGUUCGCCAGUCGGCGCUAAUAAUAAACAAAAUUAAUAACGCAGUAUCGGGGCGGUCGCUGCGUCGCCUUCGCAGACGAUGCGUUGCAAUCGGCAAGUUGCGUAAUUUCCGCAGUCAAUUGUGCGAAUCCGAUUCCGCGGAAAAGCAACAAAAAGCUAACUCAUCUUCGCCGCUAAAACGUUGGAACAAAGUUCGGGUCGGAGUCUCCUCUCUUGUCCGUGUUUGCGUUUACCUCUGUGUAAGUGUAAGUUCUGUGCCAACAACAACAUGGCCGCCGCAACAGAUGGCUCUGGGUCUGCCAGGGCGGCCGCGGCAGCGGCGUCGACGUCGCCGCGAACAGCAUCCAACAGCAGUGGUCAGACCGGCAAACCACCAGGAUCCUCCCCCUCCUCGGCGGCUAAGGCGGCACCAGGCUCUGCGGCAACCUCCUCCGCCGGACUGCCCGCCUCCGUCUCGCACUUCUACUACAAGCAUGGCCUCUUCCUGUCCAGCUACCCCACGUGCGCCUCCAGCAUAGCCUUCAUGGCUAUUCUGCUUUCGUGCUAUCCGUUAAUUAACAUACCGUUGCCCGGGACAAUACCCACCAAGAUUGUGGUUCCUUACGAUCCUGGGUCUGGCACUGCCACGGCCUACAAUCAUAGUGGCUCCCCAAUCGCAACACCAGCCGCCGGCGUGCCUUUGCCUGCCGCACCCGCAAACAUAUACAAUGGAAGUGCCAUGAACCGCAGUCUUCCUUCACUGCUACCAUGGGCGCAAAGCAGCCCCGCCUUUUUUUUUGUCCAGCAGAUUACACUUCGAACCUGUGUUCUCCCUUGGAAAGAGGGAAUGCAGCUGAUGGAUGCGUUUCGUGCGCCGCUUUAUGAAGUUUUUAAAUUGCUUGAAAUUGUGCGCAAUCACCAGAGCAACGAAAACCAGCGUAGCCUGGAGCACAACUGUUUGCAUGUAGAAAACGUAAAGCGAGGGUCUCACGGGCAUCUGGACCACAUCUUUCCCGAGUACGGCUGCUUGCUUCUUUCGCCCGCCAACCUAUGGACGCAGAAUGCUCAGAAUUUCACCCGAGACACAAACAUUCUUAACACAAUAUUUCAGUACCAUAACCUGCAAAAGUCAAAGGUUUCCGUCGCAGAAAUGCUGUUCGGCCUACCCAUGCAAGACACUGGCUUCAAACGCUAUCCGUUGCGCGCUCGGUCACGAAUUAUACAGUAUGCCUUGACCUUGGUCCUCAAGCACAACGACGUGGACUAUCUUGAGACUCUUAAAAAAAAGCUGCAGCGACACUACCCGCCGCUGCCAUCUACACCGUCGGCAAGUAAGUCGGUGGAAGAACCAUCGACAAUUACUUAUAUAUUUUACCCGGGAGAGUACCGAAUGUGGGAACUGGUGCCCUACACGGUGGCCUUCAUACUAGUGUUCGCGUACGUUUACUUCUCUGUUCGUAAAAUUGACGUUUUUCGCUCUCGCUUUUUGCUGGCUUUGUGCAGCGUAAUAACAACGGCUGGAAGCCUGGCCAUGUCCCUCGGCUUGUGCUUCUUUUUCGGCCUGACCAUCUCACUGCAGUCAAAGGACAUAUUUCCUUACCUGGUAAUCCUGGUGGGACUGGAAAACAGUUUGGUUAUUACAAAGAGCGUGGUGUCAAUGGACGAAACAUUCGACGUGAAGAUCCGCGUGGCACAGGCCCUAAGCAAGGAGGGAUGGCAUAUAUCCAAGACGCUUCUAACGGAGAUUACCAUUUUGACUAUUGGCCUCGCAACAUUCGUUCCAGUCAUUCAGGAGUUCUGUAUCUUCGCCAUAGUCGGAUUGCUUUCAGACUUUAUGCUACAAAUGCUCCUUUUUUCCACCAUCUUAGCAAUGAACAUUAAGCGGACCGAAUAUACAACAGAGGCGAAGCACCUCCCUAAGAUGCUGCUGAGUUGCACACAGGGGGCGGGUCGUCAAGAUUUCCGCUUCUUUGGUGCUACCCCAACGCUGCCGCCCUUUGUUCCCGGCACAUUUCAACGAUCACAGUCGCAUCCGAAGCUCUGUUUUGCAGAUGCUGCAUCUGUUAACGAUCGGACAAGCUUGGUCAACGCCCGCGCCCCGCAAGAACAGCGAAUUCCGAAGCGCAUUAAGAUUGUAAACUUUUGGGCUCGCACACGCUUUUUUCAGCGGGCUUUUAUGAUCUGGAUGAUUGUGUGGAUAUGCUCUAUAGUGUAUAAUUCGGGGUGCCUGGAACAGUUGUUCAGUAUGGAAAGUAACGGCACUAUGAGAGCAACCUUUGAACUUCAUCGACGCCUACAGGCGGGGCGUGGAGCCGUCAGCAGCUUUUUCGGGGGAUGGCAGGCGGAUCAGCAGAUGCCCACAACAAGCCCCUCCGGGGGCAGAGGAAUUUCAGAAACUUUACAAGCUCCACUCGCAAACGAUAUUAAUGAGACGGUCGAGGAAAUGCAGCGACUGCGCUACCCAAAUUUUGACAUAAAUUUUUUUCUCUCGAACUUCCACUGGUCUACGAUCAUGAAACAGUACAACAUUUCACUAAGUGGGCACUACGUAACCUUACUGCCAACCAUUCGACUAAGCCACGUUAUUUCGCCCGAACUGGCCACAUUGUUGCGCAACCCGCAGGAGCAACUGCAACAGAAUUUCCAGUGGAAAGCUUUGGCCGCUGCGCUUGAUCCACUCGACUUUAACGACGAUGAUGUGCGCCGAGAGUCCCCGAUGCUUAUGGCUGGCGGAAUUCCAUUGGUUCCUAAGAGCCCCAUGGAAAUAUUCUUCGCCAUCCUUCUCUGCUGCAUUAGCAUCUUCGUGCUGUGCUACACAAUGGUGGUCUUCUACCGCUGCAUUUGUACCAGGAACUAUGCCGAGUGGCGUUCUAGCUGGCAAGAAUCCGAAGCGCCUUAUAAGCAGACUGAGCAGAUUCUCGAAGGUAUGCCAACUCAAAUAGCAGGCCACAAGCAUCGCAUUGAGUGUCUCGUCUCCGAUGGUGCCUACAUAAUAAGCUGCUGCCUUAAAGGCCAAAUCCGUGUGUGGGAUGCACGCAGUGGUGAGCAGCUGACCAGCAUCGCCCGCUCCGACAUACAAAUCUCUCAUGUACGACCGGAUGGACAGUCACUGGUGCGCAAGUUGACCGUGUCACCGGUGUGGUGUCUGGACUACUUUGACAACCUCAUUGCAGUGGGCUGCGCUAAUGGACGCGUAGAGCUGUGGGAGUCGCCUGCGGGUUUACUUAAGUGUGCAUACCAGGAAGACGCCAAAAGUAACCAAGGUAUAACCCAUAUCCACUUGAAUGGCGAUCGGGUGAUUGUGGCUCGUUUGAGUGGUCGUCUUGAUUUCUAUCGCUUGGAGACGUAUUACAAAGGAAAGCAGAUAGACUGGGGGUUUACCUCGGCUUACAGACGCACUCACGUCCGAACAGGAUCCACUGGAAGCCUUGGACUGAUGAUGCAACAGCAGCGUUAUCAGCAGGAUGCGACUCAGAAGACCACUAAGGAGGAAAUGAAGAUCACAUUGGAGGGAGUGCGACUAGCCCAUCAGCAACCAAUCACCUGCAUGCAGGUCGUUAACGACAUGGUCUUUACCGGCAGCCAGGACCACACUCUCAAGGUAUAUUGUCUUAACAACUCGGAUGCAGAGUAUACGCUUCACGGACACUGUGGGCCCGUGACCUGCCUCUUCGUGGACCGCUGGCAACCAGGCACCGGGGGUUCCGGUUCCCAGGACGGUCUGCUUUGUGUUUGGGAUCUCUUUACCGGUGCCUGCAUGUAUAACAUCCAAGCCCACGACGGCGCUGUCAGCUGCCUGGCUUGCGCUCCUAGCUAUGUGAUAUCGCUGGGCACGGACGAGCGGAUCUGCGUGUGGGAACGAUUUCAGGGAAAUCUGCUAACUACCAUAAACAUAUCUAACGCUUACUCAAGUCUCUUAAUGCUAACACCGUCGCUGUUGGUGACCAGCAAAAUGGGAUCUCUUAUUGUUUGGGAUGUGCGCACUGGGCAGCCAGCUCGCGAGGUCAAGCUGGAUUUUGCCAAUCUGCAGCUGUGCCCCAAAAUUAUGAUGCUUGCCUGCGACUCGGUAGUUUGUGACUACGGAAAUGAGAUCCGAGUCGUCCGCUUUCCUAUCGUGGCAGACAAGUGCCAGUAAAGUGCAAAACAUAAAUUGAACAUCGGUGUCGCUAGCAUCUAGAAAUAAGUUGACUCGCGGCUCUCACAUAUACAUGUAUACACCGUUAGUUCUCGCAGAAAAUUACUAUAUAAACAUUAAAGUCGAAUUAACCCUAAUGUUUUUGUAUGAUCAUAUGAGUUUAAAAAAAAAUGUAUGUACGACCUGAUAAAUAAAAACUAUAGAAUUACAAGUAAUCUUAAUAAAAAUGUUUUAAGUUGGA